GGGUGGAAUGCGUGUGUAUUUCGGAAUUCCGGAUUUAAUCUUCAUUUUGUAUUAUCAUUAUCAGUGUGUGUGUUGUGUUGGAAAACUUUAAAAUAAUGAACUGUGCAAAUAAAGUGUGAUUUGAUUUGUUUCCUUUUUUAAUUGUCUUGAUAAUCAUGCAAAAUGGCCAACGAUUUGUGGUCAUGUACCUGCUGUACAGAGGCUCUGACUUGUUGGCUGCGUCUGAAGCUAUCGCCGGAGGAGAUAGAGCAACGAUAUAGGAGUAAAGAGAUCGACAGAAUACUCGAGAAAGACAAGCAAACUCUGCGGCGGCAGGUGAAGCUGUUGUUACUCGGCGCGGGUGAAAGCGGAAAGUCAACAUUCCUCAAACAGAUGAGAAUCAUACACAAAGUGAAAUUCGAACCGGAACUUGUGCGGGAGUACCAGCAUGUGAUAUAUCAGAACAUUGUCAAAGGCAUACAGGUGUUAGUGGACGCAAGAGACAAACUCGCGAUACCAUGGGAGAAUCCGCGGAAUUUGGAUAUCGGCCAGCAAGCACUGCACUUCAACAGCACGGCGUCGCUCGACAGCCGACUCUUCAUGCACUACGCGCCGCACAUACACUCAUUGUGGUUAGACAGAGCCAUAAAAAGGGCAUAUGACAGGCGAAGAGAAUUUCAAUUGAGUGAUUCGGUGAGUUACUUCUUCGAUGAACUGGAGAGGAUCGCUCGGCCGGACUACGUGCCGUCCCACCAGGACAUCUUGCACUGUCGGAAGGCAACGAAAGGCAUAACGGAGUGCACGAUAAACAUAAACAACGUUCCUUUCGUGUUCGUCGACGUGGGGGGCCAGCGGACCCAGAGGCAGAAGUGGACUCAGUGUUUCGAUUCGGUUACGUCGAUACUGUUCCUUGUCUCGUCGUCCGAAUUCGAUCAGGUGUUAUCUGAAGACAGGAAAACGAACCGGCUCGAGGAGGCGUUAAACAUCUUCGAUACGAUCGUGAACAACGUCAACUUCAAGGGGAUAUCGAUAAUACUUUUCCUGAACAAGUCCGAUCUGUUGGCGCGCAAGGUCGCCAGCAAGGAGACCGACAUCCGCUGGUACUAUCCUCAGUUCGCGGGCGACCCGCACAACCUGCACGACGUCCAAAUGUACCUGCUCAACAUGUUCGCGAACGUUCGGCGCGAACCGAAAACGACGCUGUACCACCACUUCACGACCGCCAUCGACACCCACAACAUCGAGGUCGUAUUCAAUUCUGUCAAAGACACGAUCCUAAAUCGUAAUCUUGAAUCUCUGAUGUUGCAGUGAUCGCGUUUCGCACUAUCUGUUGUAGCGUUGGAUUGUGGCACUCGGGCCGCUGGCUAUCGGGCUUGUGAUCGGAACGUCUUCGUCGAAGUUUAUUGUCAUAUCGAUUUUUCUGUGAUUCGAUAUCGAUUAAUGAAUAUUGAAGAUUAUCGAUUCACAAAAAGUGUACGUUAGAUUGGUGCGUUUAGUCUCUCUAAAACAAUUAAAUGUUUGUUUAGUGAGAUAUCGAAAGUACAAUAACGCAAAUAUCGAUAUCGGGUUAUAUCGAUAGUGUUUUAUCGAUAAUAUUUAAAUUUUGGUGUAAGAAAAUUAAAAGCAUAAUAGUUGGAUUUGUAGCAAAAGACAAAGAAUGUGAUGUUUUAGAAACGCGGGGCCUCCACGAAGGCCUACUAGUGACGGAUGCACGUGGCUCGGCAAGUAUUUAUCGACCAAAUGUAUGAUUUGGUGAACUAUGUUAUAAGAAUUAUUGAUAAUGGAAUAAUUGUAUAUCAUAAUAUUUAUGACCAAAAAUGUAGACUUUGCACACUGUAACUGUAUUAUUAUGGACACACGUUUUGGACAAUUUUACGUAUGUAAUUAAUAUAUACUCGUAUACACACACACACCGAUAGAGGUUUGUUAUAAAACGCUGCACGCGACGGUACCUAUUAUAUAAAUAAAUAUAUAUAUCGGUGAAUUCGAUGUGAUUUAUACACGACUGUAUCUGAAUUCUUUUAAUAGUGAUCGCCAUUGUAUAUGUAAAUUAUUUUUUAGUUAAAAAUAUACCUUAUGCGCAUUGCUAUAAAGUCUCCUUUUGUACAAUAUUUAUUGGCUCACAGUAACGCUGUGCCAAGACAUGGAGAUGUUAGUGUUGUUAGUACAUUUGGCUUGAAAUGUUGUAUUCGUUUAGUCGUAGUCACAAAUGAGAUUGCUCUAUAGGGUGCCACGAAGGUCUAAUUUGUACCUUUGUAUCGGAAGACUUUUUUGAUACUAUUGAUCCCCGUGGGGAAUAAAAUAUGUACAUAUAAAUGAAACAUUGAAUAAUAAUGUUUUGUUUUUUAAAACACUGUGAUCGAAUUGUGUAAAGUAUUAGGCUGUAAACAGCAACGAAUUCCCGUUUUAUUUCGUUGGAUCAUCGCGGAUUUACCUCGUCAGCUCUAAAGUACAUGAAGCUUGAUAAAUUUUUUUGUAUGUUUCAUUUGAUGUUUUUUAUUACAUUUUUCUACGUUCACGAAGUAUUCCGUCCUUUGGCACGAAUCGCAAACGUGUAAUCUCACUAGCGUCUUAUCUCGUAUAAUAUUUUUGUACAAAUUUUUUAAUCUUUUUUUUUUCUUUUGAACGGGCACAAAUUCUUAGGCGACUUUUAUGAAUAGUUCUUAUUAUUAUUUAACUGUAUAUUUUUGAGCGGUUUGAAUAUUGCGUGCGCGGAUGUGUUGAGCAAUGUUGUUUUAAAAAAAAAAUUCGCUAAACAUGUCUUAUCGAUUUUCCAGAGUUUCGAAAAAUCUUUAAAAUGUAUAGCGAAUAGGGCAGUUGUUUAAAAAUACUUUUUCAUUCCUUUCCCUGUUUGGUGAUCUUGAUGAAUUAGAUUUAUUACAUCAUAGUUACAUAUUAUCUCAAUCGAGAAGCUAAUCGGGUGUUUUCUUGAAACCAUUACAUGAUUUUUCGAAAAUCGAUACACAAAUUAUCGAUGUUUUACUUCGUGUACAAUCGAAUACCCAAAACGUUCGAUCAUAAUAAUUAUACUCAUUUAGUACUGAUAAGUUUCGUAAGUGUUUAGUAUAUUUAUUCUAGAUUUUUAUUUACGAGUUUUUUUUUUUAAGUUGAGAAGAAAAUGGGUAUCUAUUUAUUACGUGGAGAUAUUUUUUUAUGUGGUUACUUCGAGGCUAUGUGUAAAUACUUUGCAGUUCAUUUGUCGUAUAUCAAUUGUUCAGUGAAACUGGCAUUUGAACUGGAAUCUGAGCGAGCAACUUAAAUUUAAAAAGUUAACUUCAUCUUUGCAGCAACCACCUAAUUACUAUGUUACAUAACAAUAACAAUAUAGUUGUAGGGUUGAAUUUCCAUAUUUUAAACUUUUGUAUUUGGUUCUAAUGACCCAGGACACAUUUUUAGGAUAUUUUUUUGUACAUAGUAAUUUAUCUGAAAAUUAUAGAAAUCGAGACUACCAGAAAAGAAAAAAAAUAAUACGAAUCCAGCAUUUUUUCUAUAUCGUUAAUGGGGCCAUAAACUAAGGAUUCAGGCAAAAACAUAUUGUAAUUUUUAUUUUUUUUAAUUGUUAUUCAAAUUCUAUUUUUUUCUACGCCAUUCUUUGAAUUUACCGAACAAUAGUAAGAAAAUAAAACGAGAUAUUUAAAUUUAAGAAAUUCUCUUACAUUUAUUAAUUUACUGCCUUUAUAAAAUUCCUUUUAAUUAUUGUUAGGGGGUCAAUUACUACAGAGGUGCUUUUAUAGUACUUACAAAUUUUAUAAAAGAUUCAGUAAAGAUAGCCCAGAUUCCACCUCAAAUGUUUGUUUGACCGGAAUAUUAUUAGUUCGCAUCUAUCAUCAACUCUGAUUCGUUAUUCAGUGUAUUAAUUUCCGUCAAAACAGUGAUUGAUGCAUUUAGUUUAGUGCCAUUGAGUGGUGCGGGCGGUGUUGCCACAAAAUCAUCAACAGUUUUAAUCGAUUAUUGUGAUUGCCAUGUACAUUGACUUUUCGAAUGUUUAGAAUAUAUCUUCAGUUGAUUAAAAUAAUUUAAUUUGUCUCAUAAUGAUUCCUUUUUAUUAAAAAAAAAACAUACUAACAACUUGAUACCAAAGUGUGGAUUAAUAUUUUGUUUCCAAUUUCUAUGUUGUCGUCGAGCGAUUAUUCUGAUAUUUUUGAAGAUGUCUUUUAUUUGUUGUCCGAAACUAGAAUCUUGUGAAUUCAUGGUAAUUUCAGAGUAAUAGGAAUCGAUUUAUUUUAUCGACGAUAUCGAUUUUUAUCGUUUUUGUAAAUUUGUUCUUGUUUUCAUUUUAAAAUGUAGAAAAUCAAUGUUAAAAAAUUCUGCUUAGAAUUAUUCAUAUUUAAAAAAAAAAUAAGUACAAUUUUGCUGUAAGCUGAUUUUAUUCGAAUUUAAGUUGUUUAUGUUUGAUUUCAGUGUUUUCACGUUCAAUUCACAUUCAAUACUCACCGGAGAAAAUAAGUUAUUCGAUUAAAUUAUAAUUAAAAUAUAUUUGUAUCCUCAAAUAAUAAAUAUUACACGGGAAUAUUGAGAUGUACUAUUUAUUCAUUUCUAGCAUACUUUAUCGAUAACCAAUGCUUUAUAAUUCUUGCUCACCGUUCGACAUUAUGCCAAUUGAUUGAUGUUCAAUUUAAGUGUUGUAGUGAUCGGGAAAUAAGUGAACUGGUUUUUUUUUAAAGUCCUCGCGACGUUUUCCUCAUUACUGAGGGUCGUGACUCCCCCGCUGCAUCAGUUUCUCCUGUAAGAUUU